AUGCCCCGGCUGUUGAUCAAACGGCUGACACCUCCAAUUCUAGCCUUUCUGCCAGCUCGACCGGAUCAUUGGAUCACGACUCUGCUUCAGCUUCACCUGUCGUUUGAUGCCAACCAUACCGGAACCGCCAGUUGCUCUGAAGAAAGAAAGAAAAUGGGUGAGUUUGAUCUACUAAUUCUCCGUCCAAAAUCGAGGAAGUUACAAACUAGCAUGCUUGAUGGAGCAAGUCACAAUCAACUCACCCCAUCCAAACCUACCUCAAACCCCGUUGGACCUCAGGCCUUGGACAAUUCCAAUACAUGCAUUCCGCCUCUCAUUGACUUGUCAGAAACAAAUUGGAUGGACACCCCCAAUCCAGUUCAGCAGCUCGAGGAAUCAGUGGAAAAUCUCAGAUUGAAAAUGGAGAUGAACGAGAAGUCUGAUUUGACUGUUUUGGCAGAUGAGAUGAGGCGAGACAAAGAAGAUCUCAAGCAAAAAGUUGAUCACAUGGGAACACUGCAUGCUACUCUGACCGACUUAAAAGGUGAGGUGUCCCGCCUUUGCAAAAAUUUGGCUGCAGCAGUCGAAGACAUCCAGGCGCACGAAGAGGUCAUCGCAAGCUUGAUUAAUAUGCAGGAAUCUGAUGAGAGCAGGUCUGUUGAAAGCUCGAGUAGUAUGAUCUCUCAUAUUUAA